AUGAACAACUCGGCUAGCACACCGACCGGUGGUGGCGGUGCAGGUGGAGGUAGCGGCAGCCCGAGUGGCGACUCAGUAAAGCACGAAGAGGCCCGAUUGAACGCAGAUUCUGACGAUGGAUCACAAGCACAGGAUCCAGGAAAGAUGUUCAUCGGCGGUUUGAGCUGGCAAACAACGGCUGGUGAGUGUGUAGAGAAAGAUAAAGGACUUCGCGAUUAUUUUGGCCGUUUUGGCGAGGUUAACGAGUGUAUGGUUAUGCGGGACCCAGCAACGAAACGGGCUAGGUAG